AUGGAAUCUGCAGCUAUUGUUUGGAAUGUGAGGGGUUUGGGCAACAGAGAUAAGAGGGCCAGAGUCAAACGACUAAUUGGGAGCAGAAAACCAAAAAUUGUGGGUUUGGUGGAAACCAAAUGGGACAGUUGUGAUGAUAGCAAGAUCAGGAGUAUUGGAGGGUCGACGGAUUUAGGUUGGAUCGCUAAGAAUGCUGCUGGGAGUGCAGGGGGAAUUGCUGUCUACUGGGAUAAGCUCUUCUAUAAUACUUUAUCCAGUAGAGAAGGUAGACACUUUUUAGAGGUGGAAUUCCAAGAGAAAGUCUCUCAAAAGAUUUGGCAUCUGGUAGUGGUGUACGGACCGCAAGAUAGGGAGGACAAAAUUGAUUUUCUCAAUGAAAUUCGGGCUCUGUGUCAUCAGUGUCAGGCUCCUAUGUGCAUAGCGGGAGAUUUCAACCUUGUGCGCAGUCAUGAUGAGUACAGAGGGGCAAGGCGAAACCACAAUCUGAUGGAGGAAUUUAAUAGUGUCAUUGAUGAGUGCGGGCUUAUGGAGCUUCCUUUAGGCGACAGUAGUUUCACAUGGUGUAAAGGAGGAGACAACAAUUGUUUGUCCAGAAUCGAUCGGGUGUUUGUUUCUGUGAACUUUGACAUUUUGUUUCCGGACUGCUCCUUAGUUGCGAUGGAUCGCAUUGAGUCUGAUCAUAGUCAAUUACUGAUCAAGUGGGGUGAAGGUCUGAGGGUUCACCGUCCUUGGAAGUUUGAGAAUAUGUGGUUAGAGGAUAACAGGUUCUAUAUGGCCUUGGCUGAAUGGCUGAACACACAGAUUCAGGGAAGGGGAAUGGUCUUCAAGUGGGCUCGGAGAUUGCAGGAUCUCAAGAACAGGAUUAAAGUCUGGAACAAGGAAGUAUUUGGGGAUAUGAACAAGAAGCUUGAUGAUCUGAUUGCUGAGAAUCGAGAUAUCAAUCAAAGGGAGGAAGAAAGGAUGUUGACGACUGAAGAAGUGAGGAGAAGGGACUGCAUUCUGAUUGAGAUUGGGCAGGUCUUGAAUCUUUUGGAGAUUUCGUGGAGGCAAAAGUCACGCGAAUUGUGGCUGAGCAAAGGAGACAGGAAUUCUGGGUUUUUUCACAGGGUGGCAAACUUCAAAAGGAAAGUUAAUCGAAUUGUCAGCAUUACAAUUAAUGGUAUGGUAACCAAAGGCAGGGAGGAGGUUGCUUUGGGAGUAGUCGAGUACUAUAAAAGAUUGUUUUGUGAAGACCUUAAGAAGCGGCAUUUCCCUAGUCAGUACGAUUGUUUUAAGAUCACGGACGAGGAAGCUCAGUUCCUAAGCAGACGCUUCUCGGAGUUGGAAGUCUGGGAAAGCAUUGCGGAUUGUGAUGGUGGGAAGGCCCGUGGGCCAGAUGGAUUUACCUGGGAAUUCUAUAAGAAGACUUGGAAUCUAAUUAAACCGGAAAUCAUGCUUGCUUUUGGUGAUUUCUUUAAUUCAGGAUACCUUCCGUUUUGUGCCUCUCACUCAUUCAUUUGUCUAGUUCCCAAGAAGGAUACUGUGGUUGAUAUUAAGGAUCUUCGUCCUAUAAGUCUUAUGGGGAGCUUUAACAAGCUUGUUAGCAAAGUUCUUGCUAGGAGGCUUGGAUCUGUUAUUGUCACUCAAAAUCAGCAUGCUUCUGUAAGAGGCAGGCAGAUUGGGGAGGCUGGGUUAAUCGCUUUUGAGCUGGUGGAUAGUCGGAAGAAGAGCAGGAGGCCAGUUUAA